GGCCGGUUUAGGAUUAUUAUUGGAUCAUAUGAGGAGCAUCAGAGGAUGUCCAGAGAUUAACGAUCAACUGUCACCCACAACGCUUAAAAGUGUGUUGUAGUGGUAUGUAUGUAUAUGGGUUUGUGACCUCUUCUCAAAAUUUAUAUGAACUGACAGUUACGUUAUUGAUCAUAUUUUGCAGCAUCAACCCGUUUAAUUAUGUGAUACUUAGGCAUAAUUAAAGUAUUACACUUCUUUAAGCAGUUUUCCAGCAUGCCAUCAAAUGAACUAAUACGUUUUGAAAAUGUCAUGUAUUGAAGUAUUUUUACAUGUCUGCUAUUAUAUCGGAAAUGGCGUCCUAGAACUAAAGGUGCACAAAAGCUGCAACUUUUAGUAAUUCCAUUGAGGGGCGCUACUUGCCUUUGUUAAAUACACGUGCACUAUCUAUCUAUCUGUCUGUCUGUCUGUCUGUCUGUCUGUCUAGCUAUCUAUCUGCAGUUUAAAAAUACAAAAAAAUCACAACUUGCUGACUCCAAAUACACUCUGUGGUAAAGGUGAUAGACAUUUGAAUGAGUUACUUCAACUUAUAUUAUAUAAUAUAAGAUUAUUCUACAUUAUAUAAGACAAUCAUCAAAUCCUUUUUCUUUACCCCCUUUUAAAACACAUUUGAAAACCCAUUUCUUAUAAAUGUGCCUCUGCUGAAUAUGACUUUUAACUUAGAUUUAACCUCCUAGUUUUCAAUUAAAUUUUAACCCAAGUUUUUUUAAACAUAUUAAAUUUGUUUAAUUAUCAUAAUUAUUAUUUUUAAAAUUUAUUUCAAAAAGACCUUUAACAUGGUUUGGGUUUCAUAUUUUGUUGAAUUCUAAAUCAUUCCCAUUGACUGACUGUUGUGGAAACUGUAUUGAUGUCUUCUGCUGCAUGUUCUACCUCUAUUUCUCUUCUGUUUUUAUGUUGUGCACUACUUUGUAACUCUGUUUUGAAAAGUACUCUGUGGGGUAAGACACAUUUCUCCACUAGGAGGUGCAUUUUAUUCUGCAGUCCUGUUCAUCGUGUUUUGAUAAAUUUUUGAUGUACAACUUCUCCAAAUCAUGAACCAAGAGUCUAAUCUGAUAGAAUUAUUACAGCUACAGAGUUGUCAUCAAGGUUCUAGUUUUUAGAUAUUACUUUGGGAUGCUUGUGUAGUUUAAUGGGCAAUGUAAAUUAAAUUCAUCUGUACCAAUAACACUUUAACCACAUGACUGGACAAGCUAUAGUACAUCUUUGUGUCUAUUGAAGUAGAUAAAUCAUAGAGAUGCCUUCCUUUCAACUUGAAUCUUUACUACUUAAACAUUAACAAGGAACCUGUUCUGUUGCAAUAACAUCUCCCCUACCCUCACAACCUGCACCAGUGCCCCACUCAAUUACAGUACACAAGGUAGACAACAUAUAUGUCCUCUCUCACAGACACACACUCAUCAUCUGGUUCUCUUUAGCCGGCACAGGGAGGGGAAUGCAUUGUUGCUACGCCUGGUUUUCAUUUCAGCGUUUCACUCUAAAAACAGUCCUUCUAAUUACAUUGGGUCUGCUCACAUGUCUUUGAUUUUCUUGUCUUGCCCUAUAUACACUUUUCAUUUCUAGUUCUUUCUACAGUGAAACUAUAAAUUAAACAAAUAACACAUCAAACUCUGGGGUCAGAGAGCAGGUGGAAUAGGACGUCUGAAAGUAACUCCGCUCAUUUUGAAGUAAAUCACAAAACCUGUUGCUCUCCCUUGCUCUGUUCGGCAGAUGUGCGGGGUUAAUAUAGUACUGAGCGCUGAAUAUCUGUUUUUUAUUCUAAAGCCUGUCUCCUAUUUCUCUUUUAGGGCAAGUACCAUAUGUGUUCCAUAUAUUUUGAAAUGUACAUGUAAUUUGACAUUAAAAGACCUACAGUAAACAUAACUGAAUAAAACAUAAUAAUUGGUCACAUUAUUGUUGCUUGAAAAAAAAAACAACAAACAUAUACAGUACCAUCUAUUUAUAUCACAAAUAUAAUACUUUAUCAAUCAUCGGACUUCUGAUAUCAAAUUGUUAUCAACAAUGGUAAAGCUCUGUAUGGAGAAGAAACUAGCCAACCUAUUUUUUAGGGGUUACGAUCUUAAAGUCAAUUUGCCAAUGCAAAGGUUCCUUUUUACUCCAGAUACAUUUUUUAUAUAAUGAAUUCUGUCAUGAAGCAAAUAAAUCAACAGACUUUAUGGUCACUAACUAACUGUUACUAGAAGGACCAGGGAGAAGCGAUACUUCCAGCACAGAAAGGAGGAGGACACAGGCCCUGAAGCUCCUUUGAAUUGGUUUUAUUUUGGCUCCUCUGGACACAAAGCAGUAUGAGCUAUCUCUUAGCUGAUUUACACACUUUGCACUUAUCAUGGGUCAAACACCUGUUUGAGACAGUCUCAGACAUUGAGGAGUACCGUAAAUGAGUAACCACUACCAUCAAUUGUGGUCUUGCUUGCUUUUGUGGUUCAAUUGGAGGUAUCAAAAGUUAUGUUUCAAGCUUUGCUUCAAUGUGGUAAAGAAAUUAAGUUAGCUAUCAUUUAUGAGGAAGAAGUGAGUGAGAUGAAUCCCCUUUGUCCUCGUUGAAAGUCUUCAUGGUUGAACUCACCUGCAGGCAUCUUUCCCCAGAAUUACAACUUUGAACUGCUCUGAACUUUAACUCCUGUGUCUGCAAGCCUGUCUUGGUUAUUUAUGGUUACUGACAACCCCAUUCAUUGACAAGCUGUAACUCCUGUUGAAUGAUUAGCUUUAGACGAAACUGCUCUAACUCCUCUACUCCAUCAAUGCUUGUAUUUUUCCACACCCCCUUUUGAGCUUUUCUGACCCUACAUGUGUGAGGCAGCCCGCAGUUACUCAGAUCAGUCAGGUCAGUGUCAAUCUCUGAUGAAUAGUGACAUGUCUGAGUCAAAACUGUCAAAUCUGUUCAGUCUUCACCAGGUGUAUCAAAGCAGAUAAUCUGACAUUUCACUGACCCUUGCAGCCACACACCUCUCUUCAGGGAGGUCAAAGAUCAAGACUAGCUUCACAGUAGCAGUGGCAUGGGUACCUUCACACUACCUUUAUGAUGUUUUUCUGUAAGUGAGACAAUGAAAUGGAACAAUAGAACUGAGUGUAAAUCAUAUUCUGUUAGAAAGUAGAUUUGAUAAACUGUGUUUUUCUCUCGGUAAUGGACACCAAAGUAGUCAUCUAUGAGACAAAGGAGCACCACACAAAUGCAAAGGGGAGGAGGGAGAAAAGAGAGAGGAGAGAGAGAGAGAAGGCGAGAGAGAGCGAGAGAGAGAGAGAGAGAGAGAGAGAGAGAGCACUUUGAAGUUGUAGAAAAUUCCAGGAGUUUCCUGUUAACGAGCUCCGGGUAUAAUGUGAACCAGGAGUGUGUGUGUGUGUGUGUGUGUGUGUGUGUGUGUGUGUGUGUGUGUGUGUGUGUGUGUGUGUGUGUGUGUGUGUGUGUGUGUGUGUGUGUGCGCAAAAGGAGGCAAGGCUCCCCAGUCAGUAUCUCUCUGCUGGUGAGAGAGGUUCUCAUCCCUCUCAGUCGUUUCUGCUCGUUCACCUCAACAGAUUCCUGAGUCCAGGUUUGCUCCACCUGUUUUGUUAAAGCCGCAGAAUGCUUCAACCUCGAGUUUGGAUUUAAAGUAUGGAGAUUUUUCAGCUGGAUCAUUUGUGACGGAGAAUCUGGAGCUUUUAAAUUCUUUUAAAAACAUAACAGCUGUUGGCUGCAUCUUGUGUGCUUCAGAUGACAUGCAGUAGUCAGAAGAGUGUUGAACACAGGGCUGCGCUGAUGCCUUUUUUGUGAGCUGCUAUUCUACUCCUGUACCCACCACUGCCAGGACAGUAAGGAUGUUUCAUUACUCGUCUCUGUUGUUGUUUGCUGCCCUGUGGAGCUUCAGCUACCCUGGUCUGUUAUCCGCCUGGCCAGGGAUCGGUCAGUACAAACCAAAGGAUCAGCUUGACCCUAACGUGAGGGACUGGGGAGACUACUCAGACCUCCCUCCUGGAGCUGAACAGGGACUGGGUUUGGAUGAAGAACGACGACAUGGAGACAACACAGAGUCAUCAUCAAGUCUGGCUCCAGAGCUGGAUUUUCUUGCUGACUUUGCAGGUAAGAUAUAUCACUGGUCACCUGGCGUGUCUUUUUGUCUGCCGAUCUACAUUUACAUCUUCUCAUUUCUGCAGGUAAAAAGCGAUUGUGGGUGAUAACAGCCCCAUCACACAGCGACAGCUACCUCCGUAUGAUGGAGAAACAGCUGGAGGACAUGGAUCAGGUACAGAUUUAUUUCAUUUUAUAUGUGACAAAACAACAGGACACUUUUCUUUUAAUGUUUUUGUUGGGGUUUCCUACAGAAAGCGCUAAACUGCCGUCUAGCAGAAAGAGACACAUUCAUAAUUACUAUCAUCCAGAAUGCAAUGAUGGAAGGACGCGUACAAAAAACAACUUUUCAAGGAGAUGCUGUAGUAGAAAACCUCGACACAGACAUGGUUACCAAACUGCUGCACUACCUGGACCUUACUGACCAGGUACCAAACUCUCAAUUCAACAACUAACUGAGCUUUUCUGUUUCUCUUAUUUGGUCGCCUCCCUUUAACUCUGAGUUCUGCUGUUUCAGGAAGAAGGAUUCACCAUGCUGGUACUGAAGAAAAACCUUCAUGUCAGUGAGCGCUUCCCUUAUCCAGUGCGUGUUGAGGCCAUUUUGGAGCUUAUUGAUCAGUUCCCCAUGAGGAAGCUGGAGAAGAUGACUAGAAAAGGAUCUAACAUAAGGUUUCAUUAUACAUCUCUGCCAUUUACUGUACUAACAGAAGAAGUAGUUUAAUCCUGGCUUUGAUCAGAAAAGUGAGUAAAAUCAUAAACUUAUUAUCAGUGUUAGGCAUGACUUGGGGAGUAGUGUUAGGUAUAGUCUUGAGCUGUGUGCUGGAGGGGGUGUGUCAAAUUUGGCAUUUGAAAUAUGCCAGGUUGUGUUAUUGGAACGAGAAGUGGGCAUACUUGUAUUGCUUGGCAGUGAGACCCUUAACAUUGGUUGAGCUCUGGGACUAUGAUUUGGAAUGUGAACGUCUUGAUGUACUGAGGAGGAUUUAGAACCAGUAACUGAGACUGUUGCAUAAUUUUCUUAUCUGUUCCCACAAAAUCAGACCAUUUUGUAAACAAUCAAUAAGUUUUCAUGGUGAUGAAAUAAUCUGUUUCUUUCAUUGAUCCGGCUAAAGCUGGACUUUGAGAAUACAUCAUAACUCCUCAGAAAUCCCACUUAACUGUGUUUUUUAAAGUCAGACAACCAUCACUAGAUCAUGUGUUCAGGGUUGCAUGAAUACACAUCAUUUAGACUCAAACUGGUGCAGGUUUUUAAAGAGUCUGACAGCAGAAAUGAGUAAAGGGAAGCCGAAUAGUAAACAAAACCUCAACAGAAGAAUCAAAGGGGUGUUAAACAGUUUGUGCUGUAGUAUUGUCAGUACAAAAGCUCCAGGACUGCACAGUUUUAUGUAUUUUUUACCAGUUUGACAUGAUACCACUAGGCUUUAACCUGAGGACAGUAGUCCAUUGAAAUCAUUUAAUCUAGCUAUAACUGCAUCUCUGUGCAUGUAAAUGUACCAGCUGUGAUGCCUCCUGCUGGCCAUUAGAUGAAAUGCAAGUGUAGUGCUCGUCAUUGGUUUUGUCCAUAGACUGUAUAAAGAAUGGACAGAGUCUGCCUCCUCGCUGGGUGAAGCCACUCCGAGAACAGCACCCUCUAGCGACGGGCUGCAGUAUAGGUCAUAAAUCCAGCUUCCGCCAGCAAAGCUUAUGGAGCUGUGGACAAACUUUAGAAAUUUAUUACACAGAACAUACAUUUUUCUCCCCCCUGCUUGUGAUGUUGACAUGUAGUUAUUGCAAGACUGGUUUGUGCUCAAAUCCUCUUUUUUUCUGUGAAGCUCCGUUUUUAAAAGUUAUUGGGGGGUUCAUGUUUGCUAUGAUUGACACCUGAUACAGCCUAUGGGCAUUCAGGGAUUGCGUAGCUCAACCGGGGGAUACGCUGUUUGAGCCGAGCGACAUCAAAGUGACUCUCUGCGACUGCGCGGCCGAAUGCGCACAAUGCUACUGCGCAGCGCUGGUUUCAGGAAAUGAAGAAAAAUCCCGGAAAUACUGAGAGCUAUUUGGCUUCAAAUCCGUAUACAGGCGGUAGGCGGAACCAAGUUGUCUAUAGUAUAUACAGUCUAUGGUUUUGUCUUUGACAGCAAGAGUGUUUUUGAGUUUGAUGAUAAGAGAAAAAAUCGACAGCAUUAAUUGGUAUUUUCCUACUCAGGUGUAAAACCACUAAAAAGAAGAUUGUUGGAAGGAGAAAGAUGAAGAAAAAGAUGGUGCUAAGCUCUCAGAGAAGAGGAAAUGUGACUUCAGUUGUGCCAUUACAAAGAAAGCCUCCUGUGGACAAAAAAGCUGCUUUGAAGAGUAAAAUCCAGGAUAUACUAAGUGGACGGUCCAGGUUUGUGAUCCGAAAGGUGCCCCCUGGAGGAUCCACGAAGGGAAAGGACUUGGGCAGCGGUGGUCGGUCUGCUUCCAAUGGACAGGAAAAUGUGCAUGGCUCUCCAUCUGUGUCAAAGAGUCGUGAAGAAGUGACCAAAGACAGGUACUGUUCACAUCUUUUAUUUUUCAAACACAGCAGACAUAAAACAAUGUGGAUGUUUGAUUCAUUGCACUGAAACUACAUGAGUUUUGUGUUUCCAUCUGGCGUGGCGUGCCCCUUCACCACACUUACAGAAUGUUUCUAGAGUUGGACAAGCAUCAAAGUCUUUUUUCUCCUCUGCUGCAGGUUUGACCCUGAUGUGGAGGAAGGGAGGAAAAGAAAUGAAGCAAAGAACAGUGAAGUUAAAAAAGGGGAUAACACGCAGGAAAAACAGAGCACUAAGAAAAAGGGCAAAGGGAAGAAAGGAAAGAAAGGGAAAGGAAGAGGGAAGAAGUCAAACAGAGAGGCCAGUGACAAGGACAAAGCAGCCCUGAAGGAGUUUCUGGACACCUUUAAGGGGACAAGAAGAUUAAUGGUGGGGAGUUUUUCCUCCUUUAGCUGCAGCUGAUCAGCGUUGUUAUCUGGUUCAUUCAGAGUUAUUGAUCUAUGUGUCUGUAAUCUGGAGUCUAGUUGAUCUCGACACCCAGCAAAGAGGCAACGCUGUACCUCCAGCAGAUGGAGCAAAAUGAGAAGCAACACUGUGACCUCGCCAUCAGGAAAGUCACAGUGGCAACCACGGUGGGCGAAGGAGGAGAUGCCACGCUAACUCUGCAACACCACCUACUUGGUAUGUAGAGCUGAAAAUAACAUUUAUGAUUAUGUGAAUAUGAAUUCUCUCUCUCUCGCUCUCUCUCUGUUUUUAUAUGGAAGUGGUUACAUUUUUCUGGGUGUGAUCCUCAUAUUUGGGGGAGGAAAGUAUGUCUUUUUUUUCAAGUGCAGCAGCUGUUGUACUAUUCUCACAUUGUUUAUUUUACUAAAGUGUGACCAAAUGCAAGUUUAGUGCUUACAUACUGCUGUCACAGCAGGUGAGUUUUUAUUAACUGUGGAGUUAAAUAGCCUGUUAAAGUGAACUACUCCACUCUGCAAGGUGAUCAUUGAGCUGUUUUCUAGCUUCAUUUCUUACCUUUCAGUUAUUCAAAGCAGAGUUUAUUUGGUUGAGCUUUUGUAGGUUUUUAUGAUGUAGGUACAUCUGAAACAACUGGACAUAAAACCAGAGUCAGAGCUGUUUGCUCUGUGAGGUUGUAUUUGGGAACUAAAACCAAGGUGUUGCUUUAAGCUGAAAGUAAAAACACAUCAUGGAAAAUUUGCUGUUUAACCAAAUGUUGUGUUUGCCUCCCUUCAUUUGUGUUUCAGAGUCAGAGCCUCGACUCAGUGACCAAUCAGAUUAUUUCUCAGAUCCAGGCCUGAUCUCUCUGUUGAGAGCAGAGCUUGGCCUGUCAUCACCUGACCUCUUCUCUAUGACCAUCACAGACUACGACAUGAAACCUGAUGUAAGACAGUCUCCUCCACUUUUAGUCUGUCUUAUGUGAGGACUACAAUGCAUUUAUUAGACCCUCCUUUUUGGUGCUCUUUAUUUUGUCUAAUCAACUUUUUCCUUGUACUCAGAGAGUCUUUGAGGCUCCUCCAUCAACUCCUGCUUUGUUCGAAUAUGUUGACAACUUUCCCUCCAGACGUGCAGAAAAAGAAAAGGAAAGAAAGAAUCCUCCAGCCUGCAUCAAAGACAAACAACAGCCCGGAGCGCAAAGUUCACUACUCAGGUAGAGUAAAUAAUAUAUUCUCUAUGGAUAAGAUGAUAGGGGCUAAAAAGCAGUAAUUAAAAGUUGUAUUAUUUAGUAUGUAAAAAAACUAAAUCUCAUCUUAAGUCUCCUGUGUGUGAACUGUGCACCUUUAAAAAUACUACAACAUAUAUGGUCAAAAAGCCCAUGCAGCAUGCUUGCAUCUCAUUAAAGCUAGCUGGAGUCAGCCACAGCAAAGCUAAGUAACAAUUUAUGGGCUUCAUCUGAGAAGAGGAUUUCUCUUUAAGUCUGUAAACAACUAAGACCACGCUGACAUGGAACAGUCUGGGCUACAGAGAAUUUCCCACGAACAUUAGCAUGUAUUCCCACCUUUGGUUCACAUCGCAUACUGCCUCUGCCAUCAAAUAGCAAUGAGUAUGUAAACUUUACCUGUCAUUUUAAAGAUAGUUUCGGGUGAUGGUUCCAUACUUUGAUUUUACAUUUCUACUGCUAUUUCAUUGAGUUGUAAUCUAAUACUAACAUUCACUGUAUUCCUCUGCGACUUGAGAGUCCUUUGCUAAAUAAAUUAGAUGUUAUCAGGUUGUCUAAUAUUAGAAAUGAUGUUCCAUGACAUAUUAAUGACUUUAGUAAAGGUUUUGACUUCAAACUUCUUGAGACCACUGCAUUCACACCAUCAACGACGUUUCCAUGUCUAUUUAGGUUCAUGUCUAAGAGGAGACUGUUGCUCAUCUCUGCUCCCUCUGAGGACGACUACUCUUUUCAACAGCAGCUCUCUGCUCUCAGAGGACAAGAGUGCCACCUGGGUCAGUAAUACACAACAGUCACUCUGCUGAACCGUACACUGACUAUUUGCUCUGGACUUCUUGUGGAAUAUGAAAAUGUUUCAACACAGCCAGCUUCCUGACGGACCUUCAGGGCUUGAAAAAUCAAUCAAAACUCUAUCUCUUGUUAUUUGAGCAUCUUUGAAGGAGAGACGCUGUUGUACAAAAUGAUAGCGGGGCUUGUGUAUAGAGUGUGGUAUUGCAUUUGUACAACAGUUCUACAACCCAGGAGCAGAUUAUGCAUUGUUAUAUAUUAUAUUAACAAUAGAUAAUGGACAAUGGACUGUUUCCAAGCUUUGCACCAUCACUUUCCCACAGACUAGCUAACAUGCCCAUGUAUCAUUAGAUUAGAUUAGAUCAGAUUAGAUUAGAAACAACUUUAUUCAUCCUUUUGGGAACGUUCCCUCAAGGAAAUUAAAAUGUGCACAUGUAUGAUAUAGUGGAAUAAACAGAGUUGCUUCCACACCAGCCCUCUUAUCAAAGUGAAUAACCUGCUUGAAAUUAAUUGUUGUUAGAUAUGUAACUUUUGGAAAUGGCUUACUUUUGUUAUUUUUUUAUGCAAUACUUGAACUGUAUAUUUCAGCCUGUCUUGAUGCUCAUAUUUACAUACCAAGCAUUUUUGUGUCCCUAUCUAGGUAUUCGCCACUUUGCCAUGCUAAAGUUGACUGGGGUAGGGGAUAAAGCAUCAGGGACUGUUGAGCUAUUUCCUCUUAACGGUGAGUAACAGUGUUGUGGGGCACCCUUGUUAAAGUUAGAGUUAAGUCCACUUUAUUUGGUACAGCAUUUUUAGUAGACUCUGUUGUCUUUUUCAGUCAAUCCUUUUCUGUAAGCGGUUGCAAAUCGUUUCUAAACUGUGAUUCUUUUGUCAGGUCGCAGUCAGAGUGAAGUUGAGCCUUUACCUCGAGAAGAAGUCAACAAUCUGAGAGAACAGCUGAAGAUCAGCAAAGACUACUUUAGCAUGCUGGUGGUAGGAAAAGACAGUGAUGUCAAGGCAUGGUUUCCGUCACCCAUGUGGUCCCUGGACAGCGUCUACGACUUGGUUGACUCCAUGGAUCUCCGCCUCCAGGAGGAGAUGCUGCAGAGGAGACUUGGAAUCUAUUGCCCUGAUGAUCGAGGUAGAGGAGGAGGUGAUGGGGGGCAUUAUGGAGGUUAUGAUGAAGAGACCGAGGAGACAUACUUGUAUCACCGAUCAGAGCAAUGAUCAGGAAGAAGAUGAGGAGAAGAUACAAUGAGUAAAGAAGAAAUUUGAAGAUGUCACUGCAAAUAUUUGAACUCACACAAACGAAAACUCCUUAACCUCCAAAACUCAUCUUGAGGAUAAUGGACUCAUUUUGUAAAGCAUCUGUCAGAAACCAUAAUAAUAAGCUGGACAAUUCUGUUCACAAGAAAUAACUUUGAAAACCAGAGCCUAAAGAUAAUGAAUGUUUUUGUUUUUUUUAACUCAAAAAAUCUUUAAUGAAAGCAUAUGGACGUUUGGCACCCUCUUUUUAAUAAACAUGGUGUUCUGUCA